AUGCCUCUCGUCGUACCAGGUAUCAACUCCUCCUUGACCGGAGACAAAAAGAAUGACUGGCUCGACAAGCUCAUGGGCAAGAAGCUGUCCGAUUCUACAAGCGAUGAAGUGUCAUUCGCAAAGCGAGACCUGCCUUCCAGCCAUCGUGUCAUAGGGCCAAAUGAUAUGUCAACGACCGACCAUAACCCUGAUCGACUCAACAUUCACGUCGAUAAUGAGGGGACGGUUCGGGAUGUCCGAUAUGGUUGA